AUAUGAUAUAAGGCACAAAUCUGCAGGAUAAACAAAAACAGGAAGUGCAGUACUCUUAAUAAUGUUGGGUUAUUUCAACCAAAUUUAGGGUAAAAUAUAGACAAAACCAGCUGCUGUUUUUUAUCAGAUGUAUAGGACCAAAUUUAACCUACUGAUUGGGUUAGGCCAUAUUUUACCCAAUUUUGAUUGAAAUUAGUUUAAAAAGUGACUUAAUGUUUGCUAAAGGCUACUCUAAAAUAUACUUGGUUAUUUAAAAGUGCUUAGUUUUUUAAGUGUAAUUGUUUCCACACAAAUUGAAGUAAAUAAAAGUGAGCGAUUGAGAGUGUGUUUAAAGAUAUACAAAUCUGCAGAGGCAUGUGCUUUCAGCCUCGUGACAGAUAACCUGCUUGAAGAGGUGUGGCUAAUAACUCUUCAGGUAGUGUGUUCCUUGGUCAGCACAGUCAGUUAUUGACUGCUCACUUGUCUCUUCCACAUUACGAAGACCACUACCAAAAAAGACUGUUUAUGUGAGUGCUUCCAUUUUUUAUGUUCACUUAGUUUUGCAUGAACUCCUCUGAAUUAAGGACACUGUGGUGUAAGGAUACACUUAACGAUACAGAUGAAGAUCAAAGGAACAGAUCUUUCUGCUUGGGGAUUUUAAGGUCUGCAUUAUGACUGGUACUUUUUCACCAGAAUACAUUCAGCAAGCAAAGACCAUUUGCUGCUCCUGACAAAGAACCCGGUGAACCGAAUCAGUGACAGUCAGACUAUAGUGAUUUCCAAGCUGUGCUACCUUUGGGAGCGAUUCUAACUAGAGUCAUGCCUGUGGUUAAAGUGGAGAGUGAUUCUCCCUCUGAAACCACUCUUCCAGUGAAUGACAGUCAGAGAGCAGAGCCGCAAAGAGGCCGUCGGAGGAAGAGGCCCCUUCAGCGAGGCAAACCACCAUACAGCUACAUCGCUCUGAUCUCCAUGGCCAUCGCUAACUCGCCUGACCGCAAACUCACUCUGGGAGGGAUCUACAAGUUUAUCACCGAGAGGUUUCCCUUCUAUCGAGACAACUCCAAGAAAUGGCAGAACUCCAUCCGCCAUAAUUUGACACUCAACGACUGCUUUAUCAAGAUCCCACGAGAGCCCGGUAGGCCCGGAAAAGGCAACUACUGGGCUCUUGACCCUAACGCCGAAGACAUGUUUGAAAGUGGAAGCUUCCUACGACGUCGAAAGCGGUUCAAGCGCAGCGACUUCACUACAUAUUCAUCAUAUGUGCACGAAUCUCCCGUUUUCUCACCGGUCCAGAUUGCGCGCUCAGCCUACGCCAACUCCGUCUACUCCAACAUGGCUGUGAGUCCGCCAUACGCACAACAGCUUCCUUCUGCUUACUACCAGUCCUCCUCUCCAAACUUCACAGCGGGUCAGUCAAGGGUCUUCAGAAUCAAUUCUCUCAUUGGGUCACCAAGCCGGAUGGGUCAAAACGCAGAGAUGAUCCCACAGCAGUCCUGUCGCAGUUUCAGUCCUGAAAGUGGCUCCUGCAGUUUGGGAGGACCGGGCUUCCAGCAUCAGUCCUGCAACGGGGAGACUGUGCUCUCGUGCUAUUCUAGCUCCUCAAACAACAUGGCCUUUGCCUACUCUGGCCCAGGACAUGGACAAACUCAGGUUUCAUAUCCACAAGCCAGCACUCAGCAUUAUGGGCCAGCAGGGAGGAUGGCCAUCUCCAGCUUGUCUCCCAUUGCUGGUGAUGCUGUCGGGGACCCUUAUGGCAGAACCUCUCCUGCACAGCUGGGCUCUUUUGUUCAGUACAAUAACUCUGGUGCGGUAGGAAGCUCAGGAGCCUAUAUCAGGCAUCCGGCUUACUCGGGUAAUAUGGACAGGUUUGUGUCUGCCACCUAACAAAGGUCACGGAUGACUUUUUUUUCAUAGCAAGAACCGCUGGCACAGGAACAUUUAAGGGAACAUUUUUUAGCAAAUAUGAAAUGCGUUGUGAAAAAAACUGUGAUAUUUAAAUUGUCUUAUUGUGAUUGUAUUAAGAGUAAGAUCUCAAUUUACACGUACAGAUCUUUCCUAUUACAACGUUGUAAAAACAAACAAAAAAAGCACAAAGUGCAUUUUUCAAAGUGAAAAAUGUUUACAAAGAUAAAACCUCUUUUUAGUGAGGUCUUUGAUUUUUUUUAUCAUUUGAGUUAAACAUGUUUGUGUGCUUUGUAUAUGCUUUUCUUAUAAUUGCCAUCUAUGGUAAAAAAUAUGUUUCUUUCAUUUACUUUUCAUUGAAUUAUAUUUAUUUAAUUCAAUGAUUUCUUUUUUUGUUUUUACACAAAAGGCUGUUGCAGCAUCUUUUAAAGAAAAUGUAAAUCAUAUUCACCAUUUCCAUCUGAUACUCACUAUAUACAGACCUCCACAACAGGCUCUAAAGCAAGAAAAUCACAUACUAAAAAUUAAACCAGUCAGCUAAAGUAAA